UCCUACUACACCUUGUUGGCUUGUUUCGUUGCGAUAAACCAAGGCAGCCGGUCAGACGAGCGAACACGCGAAACCAGAAGGAGGUCAAGCCCCUUGUCUGCUCUCCGGAUCUUGUCGCCCGCCAUGUGUGGCCGCGGACGGCGCCGUCGCGGCGGCUCCGACGCGGCGGUGGCAGGGUCGGGCGGGCGGGGCUUCUGCGCGACCGCGCUCGCCGUCGUGGCCCUGGCGGCCGCCGCGGCGGUCGCGUUCCUGGAGAGCACCGCCGGCGGCAUCGCCUACGCGGGCGACGGGUGGCUCCACGAGUGCGCCAAGUGGGACGCCGAGGGCGGGCGGUUCCUGGUCUCCACCUUCUUCGGCGCCGGCGUGGCCGAGGUGCGCGUCGGCGCGGGGACCGUGGAGGAGCGGGUCGUCGUGGCGGACCCCGACGUGGCCGGGAGGGUGGCGCUGGGGCUCGCCGUGGACGCGCCCAGGCGGCGGAUCCUCGUCGCCUACGCCGACCGGCCGCCGCGGUUCGGGUACGCCGCCGUGGGCGCGUACGACCUCGGCUCGGGGCGCCGCAUCUUCCUCGCCCGCCUCGACGGGCCAGGCGAGUCGUCAUUCGCCGACGACGUGGCCGCCGACGAGGAUGGCAACGUCUACGUGACGGACCUCAAGGGCAGCAAGAUCUGGAAGGUGAGCCCGGACGGCGAGCCGCUCCCGGCCAUCAAGAACGCCACCUUCACCCAGCGUCCUGGAACGCUGGACAACCUCCUCGGCCUCAACGGCAUCGUCUACCAUCCCAACGGCUACCUCCUGGUGAUCCACACCACCGGCGGUGACCUCUUCAAGGUGGACCCGAAGGCAGGGGCUGUGAGCGUCGUGAAGGUGCUGGGCUCGCUGAAGAGGGGCGACGGGCUGGAGCUGCUCUCCCCAACGAGGCUGGCCGUCGCCGGCAUGCCGACCCGACUGGUCGAGAGCUCCGACGACUGGCACACCGCGCGUGUCACGGGCCGGUACGUCGGGCCGGCGCACAGGGUCGGGUCGUCGGCGACGGUGAAGGACGGGGACGUGUACGUCAACCAUAUCUUCGGCUUCGGGCUCGGCAGGAAGAAGACGCACGUCAUUGCCAAGGCGGUGUUCGCGCCUUUGUAGCUAGGCCAGGCGGCGCUUUUGGGCAACUCCAGUGCGGUGAUCGGGUUGCUGAUGCCUUGUUGACUCUGCUUCGUCAUCGUUUAUAGACAGAGCAUGUCUACUGUAACAUUUGCCUUAUUUCAAAUUCAGGUGCAAUUCAUACGAAAGUUAUUUC